UUUUAUCAGCGAAGUUGCAACAAUAGCCAGGGGAGAGGACCUCAGGUCCUUGCCGCAUCAGUAUCCAUCGGUUGCAUGCGCAAUGUCACAUGUGUCUCCAUUUGCCGCUGUUAUGUUUUAUUGAUGAGUCUCGCAAACCAAAAUUGAUGAUGCCUGAAUGUCCUUGUAGAGUCUUCGGGGCGCCUUGUUGUUCCCGCUGUUGCCGCCGGCGAAAGGCGAAAAUUUAUUCAAAACUUCGAGGCAGUUGCAUUUUAACAGUUUGUGCAACAGGCGUCAGAGACAUCAUUGCAUGGGGAGUGUCCCCGCCGGCAAUCGUGAUCCAAGUCGUGAAGUUUUAAGAAAAUAAAAGGGCAGAAUAUAUUUCCAGACUCCCCAUUUGUUAAAUAUAAAUUUUUACUCUUGCAGUUAAGUGGCAGUUUAUGUUAUAAGAUAUAUAAUAUAUUGAAACUAUCGGAUUUAGAUAGGCUUAUGGAGAUUUUAUUAUUAAAUCGAAUUAUAUAAUUUCAAUUCAAAUUUGUUCUGUUUAUUAAGAAAUUUAAAAGUUACUUUAAUAGGCUAUUUUCAAAUCACAUAAGACCUAAACUUUCGUAUCAUCAACGCUAUGAAUAAUUUAUGGGAAUCAUCUGAUAACUUUUUGAACUUUUUCCUAUCAUCGCAUUCUUAAAAAUCAGUGGAAGUAUUUGGACAAGCGUUGGCUUUGGGGAUCGCAUAGUCGGUACUCCAGCUUUGUGGAAGAAUGUUGGGUUCGAGAUUUUCGAUUCUGGCGAUAUGCUUCAUUUUGAGUGUGCAAUGGAUUGGUCCUGUGGCUUUCAAAGUCUGCAAGACCCAUGACAACAAAGUAGGUAGAUGUAAGCCUCCUUUCGAUUGUCCGGCUCUUAAACCUAUUGUAGAAAAAAUUAUAAAAAAGAUUCCCCUAACCUACAAGGAGAUAAAUCUGAAAGAAUCAGUUAUCAUAUGCGUUAAGGGAAAAACCUUUUGCUGUGAAGAACCUCUUAAUUCAGAAGGAAUAAACUUGCUGGAGAUAAAUGAUCAUAUAUGCGGUAAAUUCCUUGAUUUUAGGGUUCAUAAUGGUAACGAAAUUAGACCGGGAUCGAGGCCAUGGAUGGCCUUACUCGAGUACGACAUACAGCCCGACAUAAAUUUUAGGUCACGGUUCCGAUGUGGCGGCACUCUGAUUACUUCGAAAUUUGUUAUGACGGCUGCGCACUGUGUUAAAGAAAAUGGAAAAACUGGAAAAAAGAAAAUAAAAGAAAAUAUAAAACUGGUAUCAGUCCGUUUGGGAGAACAUGACCUUAGCCGGAACCCAGACUGUUGGUUAUUUGGCAAUAAAAAAAAAUGUCUGGAUGAACCGCUGGACGUUCCAGUUGAAGCGCCGAUCGUCCAUGAGGAAUUUGACCCUGAUACUUUAUUAAACGACAUUGCACUGAUCCCGCUGAAAGAACCAGUCCAAUUCACCAAAUGGAUUCGACCCAUAUGCCUGCCGCUCUUAAUAGACCUCCAAUUGGAGAUUCAAUCGACCACCGAAUCGAUGGAGGUAGUCGGAUGGGGCUCAACAGAACAAAAUGAUUUUGCAAACGUCCCCAAAAAGGCAUUCUUGCAACAGCUUCAACUUAACCAAUGCGACAAGCAGAACAUAUACAAUAACACAAUACAAUACAAUAACAAACAAAUCUGCGUCAGCGCCGAUGAAAGCGAUAGCUGCGCGGGUGACUCUGGAGGACCACUGGCCUUAGCGACCUCAUACAAAGGCACACAGCGCAUCGUCCAGGUGGGAAUCGUUAGCUACGGAAUAGGGAAAUGUGGCCAACAGCCGUAUGCGUUUUAUACUAAUGUGGCUGAACUUAUGGCUUGGAUAACCAAAACCAUUGUAACAAAAGAAUAAGAGAGACUAGUUUCCGUG